AUGUCGAAAGCACAGCCCAAGGCCAACCCGACCAAGAAACCAGUGCCGGCACCGGGGAGAUCCCAGGCGUCUGCCACUUCGAGAACCCCCGCCAAACAAACACCAAGGCCGCAAAUCACGAAACAACAGGCUCCUGCCGUCAAGAAACCGGUGCCCGCCCCGACCAAACCUCAGACGAAAACCACAGGACCAGCAAAAGCACCAAGCAAGCCAGCAAUCAAAUCCUCAACCCCCGCCCCGGCAUCGAAGCCAGCGACCAAACCAGCUUCACAGCCAGCAAGACCAGCUGUGAAAACAGUCUCUCAACAAACCGCACAACCGGCGAAAGCCGCUCCCGCCCCUCGAGCCCAGCAACCGUUGUCCGCGACAUCGCAAGACGCUGCCCCGAGCGCGGGCAACUGGAUCAGCCGUACGGUGCAAGGCCAAGUCCAACGAGCAGGCGACUAUGCAGGCGGCUUCGUCAACAGCAUUGGAGAUCGAGUCAAUAAAGUCGGAGAAGGGAUUGGUGACAGCAUCGCCAAUCAGACUCGAGGCUGGGGCCAGGGAAUAGCAGGCUAUGGCAACAGUGUGAAAGAUGCCGUGGGCGUGGGCGGGCCGCGUGUCGCUACGGCUGGUAAUCCCCUCGGCAUCGCGGGGGAGGGCUCGAGCAAGGGCAAUACUGCGAAGACGAGUGGGCGGAGCGCUGGGAAGGGAAGCGGUACGAACCCGCUCGGCCUGUCAUCGUGA